CUUGGGUCUCCCAGAUCCUUAUCUGACGCUAAAGCCCCCAGGAAACCUGCCGAAACAGAGGCAGAAACCUCUGAAGAUCAGUGCUAGGGAGGCAGCAUCAAGGGAAGGCCUCUCUGCUUCGUUAGUUGGUCCUCCAGGGCAACUUGCUGGCCCGGUGUGUGCCAGAGGACGCUGGUCGCAGGCAGCGUAGUGUGAUUCCAACUUCCCUGGCAUUUGGGCGCCUAUCCAGUCAGUGCCAAGCCGAGGCUGAGAGGGGCGGACACUGAGGCAGGAGCCAAAGACUCCGCAGCAUCCAGAUGUGGCCGGGCCACUUCCAGCGCUGGGCAACAGCUGGUUUCCAGGCCGGUCCUUUGCUGGCGCGCACCAGUGGCCCACGUGUGCGCCGCCCGGGCUGCAUUGCGGCUCCAUCUGCUGCCCGGAGCAACCCCGAGCAACGAUGCCCAGGCAAAGCAGAUCAGUGGACCCUCGGCUCUGCCUGCGUCUUCCCCGGCGGUGGGGAAGGGGAUGCGUCUGGCUGAGCUUCAUUUUGCUGUGCCUUGCCAUGAUCUACUUGAUCUGCCUGCAGUUGGGGCUUGUGCUGCAUUCAGGACCACAUCUUCGGGGGGCCUCCAUUUCCAUGGCAACAGUUUUCCGGGACAUCCAAACAAACCAUGCAAGAAACAGGACUCUGGCCCUCCUCCCUGCUGGGUCUGGCAGCCAGAAAUUUGGCUCUGCCCUGCGGACUGCAUCCUGGGGCUCCUUCUUCUCCAGAGGUAGGAGCUUCUGGCAACGUCUCGUGGAGGUGCUCAUUGGGUCCCGGCGACACCGAAGGUAUUCCCAGUCCAUCCUCCCAGCCCAGCCAUUGCCCUGGCCUGUAUGGCAAAAGGAGCUCUCAUCUCAGGUGCUGGGCCCACGUCUCCAGCAGGUCUUCCGAAACUACCAAGCUAUGAACAAGUACCACGUGCCCCCGGAUGUUGGGCCACGGCCAGGGGUCCCACGCUUGACUGGGAUGGAGCUCCUGUGCCGCCUCAAAGGCCGUGUGGAUGUGACAACACUAGUGGGGGAUGAGGGCCCCUUUGCGGCCCCUGAGUGGACUGGAGUGCUGCCUCAGAGGAGCCUGGCUGAGGACCUGGGGCCCCUGGAGAGGUGUGCGGUGGUGAGUUCAGCCGGCUCCAUGUUGGGAUCUCAGCUGGGCAAGGAGAUAGACUCCCAUGAUGCUGUUCUUCGCUUCAAUGGAGCUCCAACCAUGGGCUAUGAGCACGACGUGGGCACAAAAACCACCCUCCGCCUUGUGAACUCACAGCUGAUGGCCUCCCCUGAGCAGCAUUUUCUGGAUGGCCUCCUCUAUGCCCAGGGAGUCUUAGUCGCUUGGGAUCCAGCCCCUUACCCAGGAGAGUUACAGGAGUGGUACGAGGCCCCUGAUUACCCCCUCUUUGGCCCAUUCCGCACUGUGCGCUCUCGCAGACCGUGGCAGCUCUUUCACCUUUUGCAUCCACGACUGCAGUGGCAGCUGUGGGAAUUGGUGCAGGAAAGCACAGGUGAACAGGUGCAGAGGAAUCCUCCGUCUUCAGGGCUGCUUGGGACCGUGCUGAUGAUGUCACUUUGUGACAUAGUCCAUAUCUACGAGUUCCUGCCAUCGCGACGCCAGACUCACCAGUGCCACUAUUACCAGACCUUCUCGGAUGAUGCCUGCACGCUUGGUGCCUAUCACCCGCUGCUUUUUGAGAAAGAAUUGACAUUAGGCGAGAUGAAACCAGGGCUCUUCUGGAAGAUCUAAGCCUUAACUUGUGGCCCGUUAUUGAUUCUGCCAUAGGGUUCCCGGACCCUUGAAUCCUGUACUAGAGGGAUGAGUAAGGCAUGGAACAGGAUAGCUACAGGUAUGGGAAUAUCCUGGUGGUGUGUAGGAACAGGAGGGCCACAGGCACCGCUCCUUGGUGGGAAAGAAGUCAUGGCAUGGACAAACUCAGAGGAAUGGACAAGGAUGAAAGGAGCAGGCCUGAAACAAUGCGGCCCUUCCACACAUGACCCAGGGGUCAAGGGGCACUAGAAGGAAGAGAGUGUGGGGGAGACUAUGGACAAGCGCAUGGUGUCAACCUACCCCUGGAUCUGCUUCUGGUGCUCUCUCCUCUUCUACCAAAUCCAGCUUCCCUCUACCAGCAUUGGGACGCCACACUCCAUCUUCGCAACUAAAGGAGGACUGAGUGGAAGCUUUUUUUAAAAAAAUAAAUGUCAUGCAAAAACCA